AUGAAAUCCCACAUGGCCAAACUCCGUCUCCCACCCAUAUCUUCCUCUGCCACCACUUGCCGCUGCCGCCCUCGCCCCGAUGACGACGAAUCGUCGUCUUUUUUCUCCUAUUCCUCUUCAGGGGAAGAAGAUGAUGAGCUGGAAGUGGAGCAGGAAAUCGUCAAGAGCAGAGCGGUGGCAGAAUUUGGGGGAUUUGGCGAUGCUGUUUACGGGUUGAGGGAGAACCCGAGGAAGAGUUUCCGGGUUGCGGAUCCCGAGUUCUCCUUUGCGGGUCGUCCUCCGUCGUGCAGGAAAGGGAGAGCGAGACCGAGUCGAGGAACCCGACCCGGAGGUGAUCCAAGCGGACCCGGAAGUCGGGCGGAGAUGAGAAGAAGGGAUUUGGUGAGAAUCAGCGUUGGAUUUUCAAUUCGCCGCCGGCGGCGACAGAGCAAGAGCCGGUGA